CCUUCUCUCUCUCUCUCUCUCUCUCUCUCUCUCUCUCUAACUGCGUGUAAUUUUCCUUUUUUUUUUUUUGAAGCAAAAUUAGGGCUUUUCUGGAUUGUCGACUGCGUUUUUAUAUCUCUCCCCCUUUUGAUCGGAAAAAGGUAGAAGAGAGGUGAUUCUAGAUGAUAUGAAUUCUUGGAUCAACUUCUCUAGCUGCUUGGAGAAUCACUUGCUAUUGUCAUCACCUAUUUAUAGACGCCAGCUUUUCUUAAUAAGGUCUUUUGGUGGAUACUGCUGUAAGGCCCACAUGGAAGGACAAGGAGCAGCUAGUGGGAAAAUAACUGCUUUAGAGGCAGAUGCUGAAACUGUUAUUAGAAAGAUAACCCCGGUUCUAGACCCGAGGCGGCAUAAAGGCCAAGCAGGAAAGAUAGCAGUUAUUGGUGGAUGCCGUGAAUAUACUGGUGCACCAUAUUUCGCUGCUAUAUCUGCCCUAAAAAUUGGUGCAGAUUUAUCACAUGUUUUCUGUACGAAAGAUGCUUCACCGGUGAUAAAAGGCUACAGCCCUGAGUUGAUUGUCCAUCCCGUGCUGGAAGAAUCAUACAGUGUAAGGGAUGAUGAGAAGGCAUCAGUUGCUAAAAGGGUCCUUGCUGAAGUGUCUAAGUGGAUGGAAAGAUUUGAUUGCCUCGUGGUUGGUCCAGGUCUUGGGAGGGACCCAUUUCUUCUGGAUUGUGUUAGUGACAUCAUGAAGCAUGCGAGGAAAUCGAAUAUUCCAACUGUCAUUGAUGGGGAUGGCCUCUUUCUUGUCACUAGUAAUCUCGAUUUAGUCAAGGGGUACCAUUUGGCCGUUUUAACGCCUAAUGUCAAUGAGUAUAAGCGCCUCAUUGAGAAGGCUUUGAACACUGAAGUUAAUGAGGAUGAUGCUCCUGAGCAAUUAUUGUCCCUUGCGAAGUGUAUUGGUGGAGUAACCAUCUUACGUAAAGGAAAUUCUGACCUUGUCAGUGAUGGUGUUACAGUUAAUAAAGUGAGCAACUUUGGGUCCCCUCGGCGUUGUGGUGGCCAAGGCGAUAUCCUCUCUGGGUGUGUGGCAGUAUUUUCAUCAUGGGCACGCUCGUCAAACAAAGAAAUGGAUGAUAAAAGUGCAUCGAGUCCGAUGAUGCUGGGUUGUAUAGCUGGUUCCUCGCUUCUUAGGAGAGCGGCUUCACUUGCUUUUGCAGACAAGAAGCGUGCAACCCUCACUUCAGAUAUCAUUGAAUGUUUGGGGAAAAGUUUGGAGGAUAUGAUCCCUGCCGAACAAGGAUAAUUCUUGGAGAUGCAAUGCAGGGAGUAAUAAAUGUACUUGCUCUCUCUUCUUGUGCUUUGUUUAUACGUGUUAUGUACUGUUCUUGGAAGAUAUUGUUGUCAACUAUGACAAUCUGAGUUCAAUGUUUGAUGCACCAGUGCAAGUUAUCUCUAUAGAUUUUUUUUUUAAA